GUAGGUUCAGAAGACGGAUUCGCAUCAACAAUACCACUUCCUUCGGCCAACCUACGUAACUUGUUACGAAGCUAUGUAUGGAGGAAAUUGGAUGUUCUCGAAAAGGGGUCCGGUUUCACGAUAGAGUCCCAUCUGAUUGGGUAGCUCCCCUUGGCCCCCCCAAUAAGCCUGCAGAUAAUCCCUGGGGUUACUUGCAGGGUGUCAGGGAUUCACGCUCGCCAUAACUCUCUGCCGAGCCUCCCCGACUCCCUGAGAGGUAAACAUGGGUUAGAUCUAAUCUAUAUUAAUUGUCCAGAUCGUCUUCAACCGUCGACAUGAGAUGAAAGGUAGCCAAGGCCAUUAGUGCAUCAUAUCGCACGUUCAUUCGUUAAAAUGCCUUCCUUUAAACGUCUUGCGGCUCUUUCAGCCUGCAUUGCGCCUGUUCUCGGUAUCAGUGUAACGACAUCGACCAGCUCUUACACCAUUGAUACUGCGGCUACGUAUGGCUUCAAGGUCGCCAUCAGUCGCUCAACUUGCGACAUCACGUCUUUGAACUUUUACAACACCGAGUAUCAGUAUAGCAGUACCUACAGCCACAUCGCGUCUGGUUUAGGUUCCGCAACUGUCUCUUACACCACCAGUGGUGACUAUGUGAUCGUCAAGUGCGUGGCUGAUAAUGACAGCUUUGAUCUAACUCAUUAUAUGGUCUUCGCCGACAAGUCGAGCUCAAUCUACAUGGGAACAUACACCGUUUCCGAGCCUUCUAUCGGAGAGUUGCGCUACAUCUUCCGUCUCACGGGUCUCACGGAGGCGUACCCCAACGGCAAUGCUUCCUACACGGCCGGUGGCACUGCCAUCGAAGCCUCGGACGUCUACACCGUCGGCAGCCAAACGCGCAGCAAGUUCUACUCUUCAGACCGUUUCAUCGAUGACGACGUGUACUGCGCGACGACCACCGACGCUUCUAUCCACGCAUGCUGGGUCCGCCCCAACAACCAAGCAACGGAGAAGAGUUCCGGCGGUCCUUUCUUCCGGGACAUCGACCUGAACUACGGCGGGUCGUACCACUCAGUAACAUACUACAUGAACUCGAACCACGCGCAGACAGAGAGCUACCGCCAAGGCUUCCACGGACCGUACGUAUUCAGCAUGUCCCGCAGCGGCAUCCCGAAGACGUCCGACUACGACGUCUCCUUCUUCGACAACCUAGGACUGACCGGGUACACGGGGGCCUCUGGCCGCGGACACGUCAAGGGCACCGCAUCAGGAGUGUCUAGCAGCUUCCCCAUCGUCGUGCACUGGUACAACGCGGACUACCAAGGCUGGGUGUACGCCUCGUCCAGCGGGGCCUUCACAUCCCCGGCCCUCGUCGCAGGCACCUACACGCAAGCGCUAUACCAAGACGAGUUCCUCGCCGCCACCACAACCGUCACCGUCGCCGCCGCCGCAACCGCAACCGCGAAUAUCGCCGCGACAGCCGCCGCCCUCGUCGACUCCCGCACGAAGGUAUUCCAGCUCGGCGACUACGACGGCCAACCCACCGGCUUCCUCAACGCGGAUAAACAGCUGCGCAUGCACCCCUCCGACAGCCGCAUGUCGUCCUGGAGCCCCGGCAGCGUGGCGUCCACUGCCGCCUCCUCAUUCCCCAUGGCCAUCUUCACCGACGUCAACAACGGCCAGAAAAUCACAUUCACCCUCUCCAGCGCCAUCUCCAGCGCCGCAACCCUCCGCAUCGCUACCACCCUUGCGUACGCGGGUGGAAGACCCCAGGCUACGGUUAAUAGCUACUCCUGCGCGGCGCCGUCGGCGCCGACCGCGGUGGAUAGUAGGGGUGUGACGAGGGGCGCGUACCGCGGGCGGGGGAAUGUGUAUACGUGUGCGAUUCCGAGUGGGACGUUGGUUAGUGGGAGUAAUACGGUUACGAUUACGGUUAUUUCGGGGAGUAGUGGGAGUGCUUAUUUGAGUCCUAAUGUGAUUUUUGAUGCUAUUGAGCUUUACUACUAGGUAUCGAGUUUGUUGGUGGGAUACGGUGGGUAAGUGGCU